AUGAUUCAGGUUCAAGUAGCUCUAACAACUAUGGUUCUGCAAGAGGGAAUUGAGGACAGUUAUGAAUGGAUAGUAGAAGGAGUAGCAUCGGGAAAAUACAAAACUUCACAAGUAUAUUGGGAACUGAAGGGAGAAGAAGCUAAAGUUCCGUGGGCGAAGGUGGUGUGGACAAAACGAGGAAUCCCAAAACACAGCUUUCUUGUCUGGUUAGUUGUGUUGAAUAGAUGCCCAACGCGUGAUCGUCUCCUUGCUUGGGGACUAUCGGUGGAUAGUAAUUGCUUGUUGUGUAAUUUGGAACCGGAAUCUAGGGAUCACCUGUUCUUUAGAUGCCCUUUCUCUAUGAGAGUUUGGUCGGAAGUCGGACGCAGAUGUUCAUUCACUUCCUCCCCCUCUUGGCAAGAUACAAUAAACCGUCUGAUGGCACUAACUGGGGACAGACAUGCAAAUCGCCUCAUCCUCUUAUGUUGGCAAGCGGUGAUCUACUUUUUGUGGCGUGAGCGGAAUCAGCGGCUCCAUAGUCAGCGGUUCCAAUCAUCAGACAUGAUUAUCUCCUCCUUGGAUCGUCUGAUCAGGGACAAGAUACUGAGCUAUAGAUCUUCAUCGCCGUCCCUAUCCUCCUCUCUCAUGCAAAGGUGGUUUAACACACUGUCGAUACCUCCAUGA